AUCUUUUCGUCUAGGACCGCGGUUCUCAAACGGUGGGGCGCCCUUUCGAUACAAUUACAAGGGGCUUGGAAAGAUCGUCUACCCCGGGGCCCGUGCUGGCUCUAGGGGCCCAGCGUAUUUGUGUCACGUUUCUACAUAUUUUAAGCCCAUGAUGUCAAAAGAAUACAAGUUUGUCACAUAGCCUGUGCAUACAUGAAGCAAUGAUGUCUAGUAGAUCUAUUAACAAUACAGGGAUAAAGUACAAGGGGAGACGGCUGUUUAAAAAAGGGACGUUACUCAAUCUUUGUUAUUAUCUGACGCGCCCUUUGACCCGUGGGACGAAAUUCCUCGAAGAUCGAGUGUGCGAAGCCAGUGAAAGUGUGUAGACAUUAACAGAGUUUUUGUCAUGUUCAAAUUUCAGCGAAUUCUUCGUUGUCAAUUCAAUGUACGUUUCAAAGCGACUUUUCCAGUAACUAGGUCUGUAUCGGCGCAUGAAGCAGAGUUGGAAUUAACAAAUAAUGUGCAUCAGAUGCCGCUGCCUUUCUCAAGUGCCAAGGUGGGAAAUUUCUCCCAGGAACCUCCACAGCUGGAUAAUCAAUAUUUACAAGACACGCUGCUACGAUCGUUUCUGAAACGACAUAUUCCUUCAGAUGUGUUACCAGAGAUUGAUGCCGACCUCAGCCGAUUUGGGCAUCGAGUGGCCACAGACAUCUAUGAUCUACACUUGCGUUGUGAACGUGAGCCCCCCUCAGUAGAACAGACUAAUGCCUGGGGCCAGCGGACUGACAGGCUGAUCACGAGCACAGCCUGGCGCAGCAUGCAUCACAUCUCAGCAGAAGAGGGACUCAUUGCACUUGCUUAUGAGCGUAAAUAUGGUGCACACAGCCGCCUAUACCAGAUGGCAAAAUUGUAUCUGUAUGCUCCAUCAUCAGGUCUGUAUGGUUGUCCGCUAGCUAUGGCAGAUGGUGCAGCAAAAAUCAUAGAGAACCUGGAUGGCUGUUCUUGGUUGAAGGAAAGAGCCUACACCCGCUUAACAUCUCGUAAUCCACAGCUUUUCUGGACGUCUGGCCAGUGGAUGACAGAAAAACGAGGAGGUUCUGAUGUUGCUGGAGGGACAGAGACUGUUGCAGUGAAGCAGGCAGAUGGCUCCUACAGUCUCUAUGGUUACAAAUGGUUUUCAUCAGCAACAGACGCAGAUAUGACCCUUACUUUGGCCAGAGUAGUAGAUGAAGAGGGGAAGACAACUGAGGGAACAAAAGGCCUUUCGUUGUUUUACCUGGAAUUGCGUGAUGAGUCGGGCAAACUGAAUAACAUUCAAAUCCACAGGCUGAAAAACAAAUUGGGAACACGACAGCUGCCAACAGCAGAACUCCUUCUCUAUGGGGCCAAAGCCUUCAAGGUAUCAGAUGAAGGUCGUGGAGUGGCUGCCAUCUCCCAGAUGCUGACUUUAACUCGACUGCACAAUUCCAUUAAUGCAGGGUCAAGCAUGCGCAGAAUAACAAACCUUGCCCGAGAUUAUAGCACCAAACGGAAAGCCUUUGGCACACUACUCAAGAACUAUCCCCUUCAUCUACAGACACUAGCACGCAUGGAGGUGGAGACUCGUGGUGCCACACUGCUGGCGCUGGAGGUAGCACGACUGUUGGGACGAGAGGAGGUGGGCAUUGCCUCAGAGACAGAAAGACAGCUUUUGCGUCUGCUGGUACCUGUCAUGAAGCUCUACACAGGUAAACAGGCUGUUGCUGUUGUGUCAGAAGGUUUGGAAUGCUUUGGGGGACAAGGCUACAUUGAGGAUACAGGACUGCCUUCCAUACUGCGAGAUGCACAGGUGCUGGCGAUCUGGGAGGGCACAACAAACAUACUGUCUCUUGAUGUUUUGCGGGCAUUAGCCAAAUCUAAGGGAGCUGUUCUUCAGAACUUUGCUCUUGAUGUGAGCAGUCGUCUGGCGGCUGCAUCCAGUAAUGCCCAGCUUUCUUCCCCUUCAGCUAAAGUCCGAAAAGCUGUGGAGGAGGUCCUGGGGUUUGCUGCAAGAAACACUUCACAGCUAGAAGUAGCAGCAAGAGAUUUUUCCUACAGCAUUGCACGAAUAGCUGUUGGGUCAUUGUUAAUUGAACAUGCUGCCAGUGGGGUGGGGACCUCCCAGGAUGUUCAUGCUGCACAAAAAUGGUGUGAUCAGGACCUAACACCUGUGAUAACAGCAGCCGAAGCCAGUGCUUACACAUUAGAUUCCAUUUCUGCAGACAAAGAAAUGGUCUUUGAUGGUUUCUUGCAAGCAAGUCGUUUGUGAACACUGAUAAGCCUGUUGUGUGACAUUAGGCUGUGGCUGCAGAUCCAUGCAUUAGAUAUCAAAUUGGACUCCUUACCUUGAUUCCCAAAAUUACAACAUUGAUUUGUGGAUGUUUUAUAAAUCUUCUUUACUACUUCAUCUUUUUUUUCUUUAUAACAUUUUACCUGUCGUCUCCCAAUGUCAUAAAUAUGUGUGUGUCACCAAGUUGAAAAGGUCGUUGACAACAGUUCAGUGCUGUUCCUACAAGGUUUGCAUUAAGGGUAGAUAAGGGUAUUAUGUUGACAGUUUACUUCAAACAAUAUACCCCUAAGCCCCCCCCCCCCCAAACUGUUAUGAAAUAGUCAUCCCACAAGGGUGUUUAGAAUUGCUUACAACUAUUCUCCAAAUGUACCAUGCAUAAACUCUUGUAUGCUUUUUUAAAAAAGAAUUCUCCUGAUGCCCUAAACUGACCUAAAGUAAUAACUCUGGCUUUUGACUAUAAUUGACCUGCAACCUGCUCUUUGACAUUAGCAGUCAGUAUUAUGCAUAAAUAUUAUGCUACAAGUUAAUUUUCAGAAAAUGUUCGUGCAUUCAAGGAAUGCAGAAAAUGUUGGUUUGAUUAGAGUUUAUUUUUAUUAGAACUCUCCAUGAAAAGUUGCUCAUCUUAUUUCUAAUGUUUAGCUAGUCAUAGAUGAGAACUGCUGUCAUUUACAUUGUUCUGUUCUUGUGUUAUGGUUUAAUUAGUAUCACUAACAAUGCCAAAUUCAGUACAUUUUAUGCUGAAUAUGACUCAAUCAUUUUCAAAAAGCUUUAUUCUUGUGAAAGGUGAACUCCAUUGCCAUCAUAUAAAACAUGGAGAAAUACAAAUAUAA